CCGGCAUGCAGGCACCAGCAGCAAGCUAUACACAUGCAUCCGCGCCACCCCACACAUCAUUAAUGAUGCACACACACACGAGUCAGUCAGGCAUCCACAUCGCCCUCACCCUCUCCCUCGAUAUCGUCAUGCAAAUCGUCCUCUCCCGUGGCGGCUCGGCCGGCAGGCACGAGGCUUCCACCACCGCCAUCGCCGUGCAGCCUCUCCGUCUCCAAGAGGAAACGGGUGUGCUCCUGACACGACAGACACCAAACACGUCCGUUCACACACACAGCGCACCCCCGUGUGGUCUGUAUGCAUCUCUCUCAUCUGCUCACGUGCCCUGCCCCACCCACCUCAAAGCGUUCUAAGUAUUUGAGAAACCCCAUUCCUUGCCCGGCUCCGUCUCCCCCCAUGCCCCUCUCGUCCAUCCCCACCGCCCCCGCCAGCCGCGCCGCCUCCUCUAGCUCGUCCUCCUCCCUCUCGCGGGUGGGGUACUGGUGAGGAGGACCACUCUGAUCACCGCGUUCCCUUCGAGGCUCACGCAGCGACGCUAUCACAGCAGCGGCCUCCUCACGCACACGUUCGUCGCAUGGGGGAAGGUCCAUGCCUGUGGUGAUUGAUGCAUACAGACAGAGACGCACACGUGCAUUGUGCUACAUUACUGACGGUGUCUGUCUGUGUCUGUUGUUGCUCUCUAGUCCUUGGUUCCAGCUGACUUACUUGGGUUCUGUGCGUGUGGAUGCAGCGACAUGUCCACCGGUUCUAGGGCGCGAGGCAUCAUGGUGGGGAACACCUGCGACGCCUCGUCCGGACCAUCGAGCUGGUUGGCCAAUGUGGCCUGCAUGUCGAUCUCAUUCACCCCAACCUCCGCCAGAGCCGCAGUGAUGUCCUGCGACGACACGGGGGCGUGGGCACCACCUAAUCCCGGUGGCCGCAUGAUGCGGCUGAAGGGCUGCUGGGUGCCGAGAGGCGGGGAGCGUGAGCCUUUGCGACGGGCGAGGGCGUGUGGGGACCUCGGGUGGCACUGCUGCUCAGUGAUGGCGUCGUAGAGGGGCACGUGGAGGGAGGAGAGGAGGGAGAUGGUGCCCAGCUGAGGGACGUCCCUCUGACAAAUAAGGGAGAAAGACAGACAACACAGUGGGAGUCUUUGGUUGGUUGACGGGGCGUAUGUGUGUGCUGCUGUGUGCUGCUUACCAUGAGCUGCUCGGCCUCUUCUAGCCGCUGUGUCAGCUUGUUGAUAUGCUGCUCUCGCGCCUGCACACGGACCACUCACACAGCACCGUCCAGCAAGGCACCUGCUGUCUGUCAGUCUGUUGAUCAGUACCGGCCCGUGUGGUCCACACCCACCUGCAGCAGCUGUUUUAGCGAUGCCAUCUGGUUGACAUGCGACCUGAGCCCUCGACGGAGCCGCUUUAUCUCCACCUGUGACUUCCACAACUGACACGCACAAGCCAGCAACACAUCACUGACUGACACCAUGCAUGGCUAGAUGUCCUGACCUCUCUCUCCAUCCACUUGAGGUGCCCCUUAUCGACCUCCAUCACCCCUCUAGACGUCACCUCCUCCUCCCGCAGCUGCUCCCUCACGCGCAACACGCGACCACCACCACCACCACCAUUACCGCGGCCAUUGCUCGAACAGUGCCCUUCGGCAGCCGGCUCCUGAUGGUGCGGCGGACUCAGCGCCUCCACUCUCCGCAGCAGUCGUGUCGACGACCCCGUGUGGAUGCAUGGGGAUUGCGACUGGUCCAGGAACUGGUGUUUGGGCGACUCAUCCACCUUGAGUUGGCUCAGAAACUGCUCCUGGAUGGCCUCUGCGUCAUCAGUGAAGGGGGCGGGGGGCGGGCACGGGGAGGGGGAGGGGGAGUGGGGUCGAGCCGGCUGAUCAGCUGCAUGGGUGACGGAGGACGGGCUGGAAGAGGGGCCCGGCUGGCGCAGCGGCUGCUGUCUAGUGUCGCGAUGUUUGCGAACCAUACACGCCUGAUCAGCAGGAACCAGUAGACGGCGCACACAUGACAUGACCGGGUGUUGUGCGUGUGGUAUCGCUGGGUGCGGUGCACGUACCAUGUGUGUGGGGAGGGUCUUUAAGGGUCCGUCAUAGGGCACUCUAUCCAUCGGCGGGUACCAGGUGCCCUCCCUGAUGCAGUGCAGCAGCAGCAGCGCGUGCAAGUUGCCUGAUCCAGACACACACAAAGAGAGCCACCAAUGAAGAGCAAUUGAAUGCGACCGGCAUGGCGUCAUCACUGCAGGGCGAAAGCCUACUUACGAUGCUUCUUCAAGGUGGUCGUCGCAUGCUCCUCAUACAGCUUCUGUUGCUGGACGAUGCACACACACAUGUGAAGCCAACACACGCACGCCGCAGCCAUGCGGCCUUGUGGAGUCUCUACCCAUUUCUCCGCGCGGAUCUGCAAGUGCCUUGGCAAGGCGGAAAGAGUCAUGUCCACCUCUGCACACGGCAACAAGAGUGAAAGAGUGUUUCAAUGGAUGAAAUUCAUCAGUUUCGCCCAGCUGACCUCUCAUAGUACUCAGGAACUCCUCGUCCUGGCUCAUCAUCUCAGUUCGUAGCCUCGGCCGCAGCGGUGCGCGACGACGACGACGACGCAGAAGUCGACAAGCCGUCCUAGCUUCGCAAAGGGGAAA